AUGUCGGCUAAUCCAGACAGUAUCAAGGCUGUCAAGCAGCCACAGCAAAUUGAAAAUAUUGCACCACUAGCAAUAGGAGAUCAAAAGCUUACUCGCCACCUGGGCUACUUCAGCGGAACGAUGAUGAACAUUGGUCAGAUUAUUGGCACAGGUAUCUUCUCUAAUCCAGCACUCAUAUUACAAAACUGUGGUUCCGGUGGUAUGAUGUUAGUACUCUGGAUUGUUGGUGCCAUCUUCGCCAGUACUGGCGUCUGGUCGUACUUGGAGCUUGGGACCAUGUUGCCAAGGAGUGGCGGCGAAAAGGAGUAUCUUGCAUACGAGUUUCCUCGACCGAAACAUCUUAUAUCCUUCGUCUUCCUCAUUACCACAGGUGUUUUCUCUCGCGGAUCGGGCAUAGCUCAGGGAGCUACUGUAUUUGGUAGUAAUAUCAUUUAUGCCAUUGGUGGACCCAGCUAUACAAAUGAUUGGGGAGCAAGAGGUUUCGCAGCCUUCUGCAUCACAUUCUGGAUUGUUUUGAACAUUCUUUCAUCAAAGUUGGCAAUCAGAUUUAACAACUUUUUUACGGUGCUUAAAAUACUGUUAUUGUUGCUGCUUAUAUGCGUCGGAUUUGCCGGACUUGCUGGACGCCUUCCUAAUAAGCCCGACUUGGCGGAAAACUUUUCGUUUAACGGUACAUCCAACAACAGCGGGAAUUAUGCCAACGGCAUAUACUAUGUCAUCUUCGCGUAUGGUGGAUGGUACAAUUUGAACUAUGUUAUCGACGAACUUAAAGACCCUAUCAAGAACCUCCCUCGAUGCGCAAUUACUGCUCUUUCAUCAACCACAGUACUCUACUUUUUGGCUAAUGUUGCAUACUUAGCUGUACUACCAGUAUCCGUUAUUGCUAAUUCAAAACUAACGGUGGCCUCUAAUCUCUUUAAUACCGCCUUUGGAGGUGUUUUCGGUGGACGAAUACUUCCAGUAUUUGUGGGAUUGUCCUCUUUUGGAUUUGUAGGCGUCGUAACAUAUUCAGGUUCCAGAGUCAUAUUGGAGACAGCACGCCAAGGAUACCUCCCAUUUGACAGAACAUUCAGCAAAGUACACCCUAAACUUCAAACGCCAAUCUAUUCUCUACUAUUGAUAUAUGUCAUAUCGCUGAUUUUCUUACUAGCACCACCGCCUGGAUAUGUGUUUCAAUUUAUUGUUGCAUUCUCUGGAUAUGGUGGAUACCUUUUUGCUGCCUUGUCAGUGAUUGGGCUUCUUAUGUUACGACGUACCCAGCCAGAUUUGAAGAGACCAAUCAAAGUGCCCAUAAUUGUAGCGCUUAUUUUCAUUGUCAUUUGCAUAUACACUCUUGUAUUUGUCUGGAUCCCUCCCUCCAAUCCACCUACUGCAUACCCAUACUACCUUCCAUACGUUAUAUCCAUCGCCUUGGUCGUAGUGUCAGUUGUACUUUGGUACUUCAAAAUGGUUAGAAAUGAAGGGUUGGAACGCUCAUACAAUGCCGAAAUUUCUACAGCCGGACAGAAAGAAUUAUUCAAUGACGUUUACAAAGACUAUCAGAGCACAUCAUCCACCACUGAUGUCAGUACUGUCGAAGAAUUCACAGACACUCAUACUGACUCAUUCAAAGUUUGA